AUGAUCGCUACACAACUGGCAUUCAGUUUAACCUGCUCACACCAACGAGGAGUCCCAGGCAUCUCGCCAAUCUGUUGCCAAAUCGUGUGCACAAGUCAAACUACGAUCAUCAUGUCAAAUCAGGACACCCAACCUACAAUAUUCGACUCUUUCUUACGGACCAUAGAGUCGAACUUGUAUCUACCGGCUGGCUUCUGCGACUCUUCUGUUAAUUCUGCCAACACAUUCUCUUCCGCUAAAGAUUCGAGCAUUCUGCAGCUCACCGGGAAACUAUCAAAGCUUAAUGUGGCCCAACGACAGCUUCGGUUUGACAUUACUGCUGAUGCGACGAUUCUCAAUUGUGGUUGUAUAAUAUCAGAGCAUCUUGCAUUGACAUGUUUGAAAUCGUCAACCAAUAAAUUCCAAUGUCCUGCGUGCGGUGAUUCCAAAUCUUCUAUAUUGGGCCCAGUUUUGCCCCUCAGAAAUCUCUACCAGCAAAUCCAGAAAUUCAAGAAAAUGGAAAUCCCAGACUUUGCGUCAUCUGUUUGCUCGGAAUUUGAAAAAUCAGAGAGUAUGACGAGCUCCAAGUCUCGAAGACUAUCCAUUUCCAAUGUUAAAACCAAUAAUAACCCUACAGCACCUUCUAAAAAAAGUAGCAGCUUCACCGAUAAUUAUUCAAGACUCAGUUCUCGAACUACCAGGAAACGUAAAGUUUCAUUGUUAUCUUUAUUUCAAGAAACUGCCCUCAAAUUAAAAGAUGAAGAAUAUCAACAUCAAUUAAAAGAUGAAGAUAUGAAUACCCAAUUCGAUUUGUAUGAAAGUCGUCAAAGCUCAGAAUCGAUGACAUUGGCAAACACCGCUCCACCACCAGAUGACGAUGCUUCAUCCAAACAUCAUGGAAACCUGUUCAGUUCACAAACAGACCUCAUGGGGACCACUGACCUUGAUUCCAAUUCCCAGGGUAUCAGUCUGUCUCCAAAAACCACGAGAUUUUCCGGAUCAUUGGGCCGUACUGCAUCCCAGAUAUCCAAUAAUACGGCCCCUGAUACUAUUUCUGGAAUGUCUUUGAGCUCGGUGACCAGUAAAACCUUGAAUUUCCGAAAAACAAGUUCGAGUACCGGUGCUGCUUCUAGUCACCACCAACACAUUCCUGCACCAAUUUCCAUUCCUAAGGCUAAUAACAACUUAGCUGCUAGUAGUGGUGUAUGGUCUGCCACCUCUGAUUUAUUUGCCUCUGCAUCGAGUGGUAAUACACCCAGCUCGGCCUAUUUGGCCGGCACGUCACCAUCAGUCAAGGAUAGCGACUCAAUUAGAUAUGGUAACAGUAGCUACAGUUAUUCCAACAGCUCGUUUGCGACCCCUCAAGAAGAAUUUAGCAAAGAAAUCCGGUUUGUCAAUAACUUCCCAGUGUAUAGAAAACGAUUCCAAUAUUCUACCCAAUCUUCCAAAGUUAAGUCUUUAUUGAAAAGAUCGGACUUUAUUGGCACUGGCAUCUCCCCUGAUGCCACAAAAUUUGCCCUUAUUGACGAUAAAAAGUGGUUGGUAUAUAACAUCGAUGCCGAUUCCAACUCACCCCCUACAUUACUAUGUUGCGGAAAAAACAAUGGUUUUUAUGGAGAGAAUUUCGAGAACUUGAUGAAAUUGAACCCAAAAUUCUAUCCAGAAGAAAAAACCAAAAUGGUACUUGGUGAUGAACCGGCCCGUGAAAUGAUUGAAAAGGGUAAUUGGACGUUCGAAUACUGUGCCCUUGGUAAUAAUUAUCUUGUGAUUGCUGGUAAGAGAAUCAUCAAAGUGUUUGAUUUGCGACGCCAUGGGAAACCGGUGUACACUUAUAACAUUGAUUUGCCAGUUAGGUGUCUUGACAUUUCCGCUAAUGAUCAGUUCAUUGCAUGUGGGUUAACAGGGAAAGACAUGGUAACUGAUACUGAAGGAAGUUUGAUAAUGUUGUUUGAAUUGUUUGAAGAAGAAAUACGGGCCGUUAACAAUGCUGAGUUGUUCAUGGGGAACAUUUCUGGGUCUGAUAGAAAUACUGGUUUCCCUAGUAGUGUAUUCUCUAAUGCUACCUCUUCCUUGAUUACUCUCCAUUAUAAAGACCCCAUCAAUGUGGUAAAAUUCUCUGAUGAUGCCAAAUUGCUUGCGGUAUCCACUGCAUUGGAAUCCCGUUUCAUGGUGAUUGAUAUCUCUAAGCCUAGUAAACCAAGGCUUGUUAUGAAGGCUAGCCGAAAACUUGAUACUUCGUAUGAAAGUGAAGGGAUUACCGAUCUAAGCUUCUUUGGAUAUAAUAACAAAUACAUUGCGUUGUCAAGUGUGGCAUUCAACGCCCCGCUGUUGAUUCUUCAAACCAGAAUUGGCAAUCUCAAAGAAUGGGACCUGGUGGCCCAUCCUAGGAUGUUGAUGAAGUUGGAAGAAAUUGGAUCACUGGUCCAUAAGUGCUGUGCUUCUCCUCGUGAUGAUGCCUGUGCGUUCCUUACAAAGAAAGGACUGGUAUACAUUGUGCACGUCAAUAAAAAUUUUGAACGUAAAAGAUUGGUAUCUACCGGUGAUGUUAUGAGUGCCACUAAAAAGAGUGAGGCUGCGAGUUUACGAUUCUCAAAGGAUGGCUACAAAUUAUAUGUGGUUGAUCGGAAGGGAAUAUUGUAUAUUGAAGAUUUUGUUGCUGGUACCCCUCAAAAUCAUGAUGUUAGUAAAUGUAAAUCGAUAACUUGA